AUGGAAGGCCAGGAACUGCAGAGAAACGUGGUCGAGCCCACAUCGGUGCACAACGCCACCUUCAUCCUCCUCCACGAUCGCGGCUCCUCGGGGGCGGAGUUACAGCACGCCCUCUGCAACGCCCUCCUCCCCACCCUCGUCAGCCAGGUCGCCCCAGGAGCCCGGUUCAUCUUCCCGGAUGGCCCGUUCUUGGAUCCCAAGGGAGGGCGAGACUGGUACGCCCUCGAGUACCCUCAGCUGGAGUGCGGCGAGGCGGCGAGCCUGGAUCAGUGGGCGCACGUCAUGUACGCAGCUGAGCAGGUCGACAUAGUGGUUGAAGAUGAGGCGCGGCUCAUCGGCAGGAAGAAUGUCUUCAUUGGAGGCGUCGGCAAGGGGUGCGCCGUCGCCAUGAUGGCGCUCCUCGAGAUGGAGCGUCCCCUCGGGGGCUUCAUCGGAUUCGGGGGGUGGAUGCCGUUUGUCAGGGACAUGAAGGACGUUGCGACGCUGGGCAUGAUCCAGACUCCUGAUCCUCCCUUCUCCCAGAGCAACCAAGGCGGCAUCGGAGACAUGGCUCCUGGCCAGGGCAACGGCUUGAUUGACCCUCGCCUGCUCAGCAUUCAAAACGACCAGCAGCAACAGCCCUUCCCACAAGCCGUCUCCCCAACUCCCAUGCUUGCGCAACCCGACCAGUCCAUAGGGGCACGGCACCAACGCGUGGCGCACUUCCUACGUCAGUUUGAAUGGACUGAAGAAGCUCGGUUCAAGUACGAGAAUGAGUUCAGCACGGCAACGCCCAUCUUGCUGAUGCACUCGCCCAACGAUGACUUGGUCAGCCGCUCGCACGCAAAGGAAGCCCAGAUGAUGCUGAUGCAGCUGGGUUACCAUGUGAAGCUGGGGGGGUCGAAUACUGGCCACACGAUAACCAGGGGGGUGCUGGGCGAGUUGCUUUUGGCCCUGCUCGAGGUAUUGCCCUUCUCAAACACCGCUUUGAGAUCUGACCUCAUGAAUUUCAUCAUGAGCUCAACCAUGUAG